GGGCAAACGCAUCCGCGCACGCGCCAGUCGCAAUGCGUGUGCCGGCCGGUCCCGCGGCGUGCGCCGUACUUCUCCUCUUUUAUGUUUCCCUGGUACUUACAAGUCAUGAUGAGACGGGAUACUAUGUGGAGGAGCCGUUCCAUGAUGACGUUCUUGACGUAGCUGAGCACUCCGAGUGCCCGACGGACAAGCUGCUGCGCGCGCGACAGAUGUGUCACGUUAAUGGUGUGGACAUACAGUGCAUCAAACUACAGUGUUGCGAGACUCAUUCUUUGGUAGCUGGACGAUGCAUACCAAAGUCUAUGGAUCCUUGUAGCUUGAAUAUGUGCGAGCAAGCGUGCGACGUUCUCGGGGAAGCCAUGCGGUGCUCCUGUUACCAGGGCUACAAGUUCAAUCCUGACAAUUACAGGAGACGAACCCAGCCGUACUGUGUUGACGUGGAUGAAUGUUCGUCAAAUAAUGGCGGAUGUGAUCACCACUGCGUCAACGAUCCUGGUGGCUACCGCUGUGCCUGUGAUGAUCCCCUAGUACUCGCUGCGGACGGGAGACGAUGCGAGCGACCUACCCCCAUGCCUUUCCCGGCUCCCCUCCCUCUAAUCAGAUCGUCCUCCCGCUGCUACGCGAGCUGCGACACAGUAGCCUGGCUGACGAAGACAGUGCGAACGCUGACUGAGCAACUGAGAGCAACGCAGGCGCAGCUCAAAAAGAUUAGCGACAGCGUCGUUAUAAGCGAAGAAGAUGGUAGCUACUCGUACAAGGUGUUAGACUCCGUGGCGCCGAUGGAAGGCGGCUACUGUCGGUGCGAGCGAGGACCACGGGGUCCGGCCGGACCACCAGGAGCAGAGGGGCCCAAAGGAUCCAUGGGGCCGCGGGGCCCUCGUGGCGCCAGAGGUCCGGAAGGUUCCCUGGACUUGAUGUUACUACUAUUAGCUGACAUGCGACACGAUAUCAACAACUUAGAGCAGAGGGUCUACAAGAGUGGCGAACAACCGGAACGGUUCAACCUGCAAAAGGCGUGGAACUACCAGCGAAGGCAAGAGAGAUUGGAAUCCGAGCGAAACACAGAACAAGUGUUGGAGGCAUUCACCGCGCCACCUGAAAUAGCUGCUGAAUUUACAGAAGACCACGUACAAAUAUCAUCUAAUGGAGAAACUGGCACGAUACCCCACGAAAGCACCACAGAUUGGUCCCAACUGAAAGGCGACCUGGAUUCCAUAGACAUACCACGACUAGAAGACCUAAAACUCAUAGACGAGAAACUACGACAGUUCUACAUAUUAGCUAAUUCCACUAGGCUGGGAGAAGAGAUUGAAGAUUUAGAUGACUCUGAGUACAAUAAUUACUAGGAAUACAUAAACGCAAAAAUAACUAAUUUUAUUUCAAAACUUUCCUGCACAUACAUAUUUUUUAAUUAAUUUUAUGUAAUGUUUUGAGUCCUGUUUGCAAAUAAUAGAACAAAUCGAAGUACAAGGAAUAAUCAGAAUCAUGAAGAAUCAUUUCGAUUCUCUUUACUACUCGUAUUUUUGGAUCAAUUUUAUGCAUUCUAUCCACUGACCUUUUGAAAGUUAAGAAAAAGAACAGGAAAAUGCACAAACUAAAGAUUUUUUCACAAUUUACACGAAAUUAAACAAUGACGCUUCCAGACAACAUGGCGGCCAUUUGCAUCUAAUGCCAUUUUUAGUACCAUUCAGCCUCAA